AUGAGUUUUGGAACCAAAUUAGUAUUAAAUAGUAAAUUUAAAUCAUUAAAUAAACUGCUAGCAGCUGGGAAAUAUGAUGAAGCACUAGCUAAACUCGAAGAUAUAUCGGAUUCGCUUUCUAUUUCAUUUGUUGACCCAAAAAACAAAAAUUCCAUCAUGACUCUUCUUUUAAACAGUUGUCUCCCAUUGAUAUCUCACGAAAAUCCAGAAAUACAUACAUGUGCACAGAAUAUUCUUAACCAUUGGUCUUCAAUUGUAUCAUCAUUUUAUCCUAAGGCUUUUCUUGAUGCAUUUUCGAAUAUUGAUGUAUCUCAACUCAAAAGUGAAUCAUGUUCAGCUAUAUUUUCCUUCUUUUCUAACGCUUUGCGCUGCAUUCAUCAAGAUAAUCGUAAUGAAUACCUUAACAUUCUUAAAUCUUUAUUGCAUUCAUCAAAACCAGAGUUACUUGUUGGUAUAUCAAUUAAUAUAUGGUCUUUUCUUAGAGAUCCUCUAACAAUUUCAGAUAUAAAUUCAAUUUUACAAUUAUUUAUGAAUUCUUCGCUUGCAGAAGAAGCAGCAUUUCUAUGUGAGAAGUCUCCUGACCCUCUUUACAACACAAUUCUUGAAAAAGCAAAUUUUGAAUUUAUUAAGAAAACUUUACAAUACUGGCCAUUAACAAAACAAGUAAAUUUAUCUAUAUUAGCACCACGUUUGAUCACAGCUUUUGAAAACAAUGAUUCGUCUGAAAUUUCCAUUACAAUUGAAAUUUUAAAUCAAUUAGUACAAAGAGUCAAUAAACUAUCCGAGAUUGAUUAUGAAGAGCAAUGGGAGCAACUAAUAACUCAUUGCCAGAAACUUUUUGAGAGUUCUGCAACAAUUGAACAAAAAGCAUCAUUAAUUGACCUUUUUUCUUCAGCCUCCUUCAUUCCGAAAUCAUCCCUCGAGCAUUUGCUAAUCUUUGAACAAAAUAUUCCCACUCCAAUCAAAAUUUCAAUAAUGAAACUUUGUUCUCACUUCAUUUGCGAAGGAAAGUUACCAAAAGGACUUCUUGAGUUUAUAGACGAACAGGUUGUGCAAAGAGAUCCCCUUGUUUUCGUAUCAAUUCUCGAUUUUCUUUCAAUAUCUUUUAAUGAUCUCCACAAAUUAUCACCACAACCAAUAGAAAACAUCUUAAACCACUCUCUUACACCAUUAUCUCAAUCCCCCGUAGAGCAAAUCUCAAUUUUACGCCUUUUACAGUCAAUAGAUUACAAAAAUACAGGAGUUAAUAUAGAUAUUGUGUCAAUAGUACUUAAUUUACUUGAUAAUCCUGAUCAAUCUUUAUUCCCUGAGCUUAAAAAGACAAUAAUAAAAUUAAAAUUAGAAUUACCACUGAGACAACUCAAUUGGACGAGAGAUACGGCGAUGCUUCUCCAAGUUAUACCAAAAGUCCAUUCAUCUUUCAUCAAUGAACUGUUUGAAAUUGGAAAAAUUACUCCAUCAACUUUUCCAUCAGCUGUCAAUGCCAUUAUGAACAAUUUUCCGGAUGACGAAACAGCAGAUGAUUUCGCAAAAAGUGUUCUCUCGGUGAUAGCAAUUGCUUUUGCUGAAAUAGGACUAGAUUAUAGCAGAAAAUUAAAGCAUUGGUUCAUUAAUAACUGGAGAUACUUCACUAAUCAAAUAAAUGAAUCGGUCAAAGACAUUAACAAAAAUCUCAAACAAACAGAUUAUGGAAAUAUUUUAUUAUAUUCUCUUCAACUGUUUGUAAAAUGCAUGAAUGACGGUUAUUAUGGGUUCCAAUAUAUAGAAGCAUUGUAUUCAUUAGCUAUUGACAUUGCUCCAGCUUUCUGUGACGAAGCUUGCAAAAUUGUUGUUUUUCUUCACAAAAUAUUUAGAGAAUCUAAAGAUUACAGUGAUAAAAAGAAGAAAAAGAGAGUGGAUGAACUUAUAACUUUGUUCUUUUCUCAAUCUCUUCCUUUCGAUUGUUCGAAAGAAAUUGCAAAGGCCGCAAUGGAGUGUUUACCUCGAGAAAAUGUUAUGAAAUGCAUUCCAAACUAUUUAGUAGAGAGUAUUCUUAUAUCACCUGAGAUUCUUCAAUGGUAUUUGAGUGGAGAUAGUAAUGAAAUGCCUCCCAUUUCCCCUGUUUUCAUUCAAAUCGAAGAUAAAGAUGAAAAAACGCAUAAUUACAUCAAUCAAUGUGUCAAAGAUUUACUAUUUAAUGAAUGGAAAUUAACUGAUAAUUCAGGUGAAAAGAUCGAAAAAAUGCAGGGAAUUGUUGUUCAAAGUUAUUAUCAAUUAGAUUAUACGCAUCGUAAGUUUGUUGAUCAAUAUCCUUCUAGUUUCGUAAUCCAGCAACAGAAGAAAGAAAAACAUGAUAUCAAUAUCAAGAUCGACAUCAAAGCUUCAUCCAUUUUAUCAUAA